AUGUGCGCUCUGCCUCAACCACAAGCACAACACGCAGCUGAAGAGAAUCAACCCAGCGAGCACAUCUCCAAUCUGACACGUACAGCAAUGCCUCAAGGUUCAAUGGACCCAAACACGUCAGACCAACUUCCCCUGGCAGAGCAGACCUCCCAGCUCCAGACACCUCCAGACCCUCUUCGCACCCGUAUCAUCUACACCAGGGAGGAGCUGCUGGCCCUCAGGAGCUCAGGACUGACUUCAGACCUCCACGUGCCCACAGAGCUGAUCCAAGGCAGACGACGUCGCAGAGGCUGCAGAGGCGGGAAGAAGAGGAAACUGUGGGCCCAGCAGAGGCAGGCCAAAGGGUCUGUGGGACUGAGCAGGCGACUCCCCCAGAGCAGGACGAUAGACACCUGUGGGUUGGACCUGUCCUAA